AUGUCCCAAUUCAAUAAAAAGGACGAUGAGGACGCCGGAGUGGUGAGGGUGGACCGCACAUCGGUCUUUCAAGAAGCGCGCGUCUUCAACACAUCUCCCGUCUCUCCCCGCCGAUGCCGCAUUCUGCUCACCAAAAUCGCCCUCCUCCUCUUCACUGGCGAGAAGUUCCCCACCAACGAAGCCACGUCCCUCUUCUUUGGCAUCUCGAAGCUCUUCCAGAAUAAAGAUGCCUCCCUGCGCCAGAUGGUCUACUUGGUCAUCAAGGAGCUGGCCAAUACCGCAGAGGAUGUCAUCAUGGUCACGAGCAGUAUUAUGAAGGAUACGGCGGUUGGGAGCGAUGUCGUGUACCGCGCCAAUGCCAUUCGAGCUCUGUGCCGGAUAAUAGACGCCUCCACAGUCCAGGCGAUUGAACGAAACAUCAAGACGGCUAUUGUGGACAAGACCCCCUCCGUCUCUUCCGCAGCCUUGGUUUCUUCCUACCACCUCCUCCCAAUUGCACGUGAUAUCGUUCGAAGAUGGCAGAGCGAGACACAGGAAGCUGCCUCUUCCUCCAAGUCUUCCGGCGGAUUUAUGGGAUUCGGCGGAUCUUCCCACCAAAUGGCCGCGUCCAACACAAACUACAUGACACAGUACCACGCCAUUGGCCUGCUUUAUCAGAUGCGUUCCCACGAUCGCAUGGCAUUGGUGAAGAUGGUGCAGCAGUACAGCGCCGCCGGUGUCACCAAAUCGCCAGCUGCGCGAGUUAUGCUGGUUCGACUGGCUGCCAAGCUUCUCGAGGACGACCCUGGCAUGCGAAAACCGAUGUUGAAACUCCUGGACGAAUGGCUGCGCGACAAGAGUGAAAUGGUCAACUUUGAAGCUGCUAAAGCAAUUUGCGACGUACCAGAUCUCACAGACGCGGAGGUCGGCCAAGCGAUUCAUGUUCUCCAGCUUUUCCUCACCUCUCCACGAGCAGUCACCAAGUUCGCCGCCAUCAGGAUUCUACACCAAUUUGCCUCGUUCAAGCCAGACGCUGUACGACAGUGCAACCCAGACAUCGAAUCACUCAUCUCCAACUCCAACCGCUCCAUUGCAACGUUCGCCAUUACCACCCUUCUCAAGACUGGAAAUGAAGCUUCCGUUGACCGACUCAUGACCCAAAUCAGCACGUUCAUGUCCGAAAUCACAGACGAGUUCAAGGUCACUAUCGUUGAGGCUAUCCGUACGCUCUGCUUGAAGUUCCCCUCCAAGCAGGCGCGCAUGCUGGCCUUCCUGUCCGGGAUCCUGCGCGAUGAGGGUGGAUAUGAAUUCAAACGUAGUGUGGUGGAAAGCAUGUUUGACCUCAUCAAGUUCGUCCCGGAUAGCAAAGAAGAUGCACUGGCCCAUUUGUGCGAGUUCAUCGAGGAUUGCGAGUUCACAAAGCUUGCCGUGAGGAUUCUUCAUCUUCUUGGUAUGGAAGGACCGAAGACAGCGCAGCCUACCAAGUACAUCCGGUACAUUUAUAAUAGGGUAGWGUUGGAGAACGCGAUAGUUCGCGCUGCCGCCGUCACUGCGCUUGCCAAGUUCGGUGUGGGACAAAAGGACAAAGAGGUGAAGAGGAGCGUAAAUGUCUUGUUGACGAGAUGUUUGGACGACUUGGAUGAUGAGGUGCGAGAUCGUGCGGCGUUGAACUUGAGACUGAUGAAGGAAGAGGAUGAUGAGGUUGCUGCGCGCUUCGUGCGAAAUGACUCGAUGUUCUCUCUCCCCGUAUUGGAAGAUCAACUGGCUCACUACGUCAACGGCUCAUCGGCCGAGGCGUUUGCCAAACCCUUCGACUUUGUCAAUGUACCGGUCGUCACACGCGAGCAGUCCCUCGCAGAGGACCGAACGAAGAAACUCACAACCGCCACACCUACACUCAAAGCACCCACACUCGGACCUAAGAAGUCGGAAAGCUCUGCUGCAGAAGCAGCAGCCAAUGCAACUGUCGUCUCUCAACGAUACGCACAACAACUCUCCGCCAUUCCAGAGUUCUCGUCAUAUGGCKCUGUGCUGAAGAGCAGUCCUAUCAUCGAGCUCACCGAAAGCGGAACUGAAUACGUCGUCGCGGCGAUCAAGCAUCUGUUCAGCGACCACGUGGUUUUGCAGUUCAACGUCAAGAACACUCUUGCCGACUAUGUUCUCGCGGACGUGAGCGUGCUGUGUAAUCCUUCCGCGGGCGAGGACGGCGAAGCGAGCGUUCUCGAGGACGACGGCUUCAUCAUCCCUGUUGAGCUAUUGAAGAGCGACGAGCCCGGCAGUGUCUACGUCAGCUUCUCGAAACCCGCCGGCCAGUUCAUUACUGCAAGCUUCACAAACGUGCUUAAAUUCACACUCAAGGAGAUCGACCCUAGUACGGGCGAACCCGAGGACUCUGGAUACGAAGAUGAAUACGAAGUCGGCGAUCUGGAACUUACUGGCAGCGACUACGUUGUUCCUGCUUUCGCGGGCUCAUUCGAUAACAUCUGGAGCAGUCUGCCUGAUUCCGAGGAGGUAUCUGAGACAUUACAACUCGAGCACGCCAAGAGCAUYGCAGACGCGGUGGAGAGUCUUGUUGCGAGCUUCGGUAUGCAGCCACUGGAGGGCAGCGAAGUUGCUUUGAGCCAAAGCACACAUACGCUGAGAUGUUAUGGUAAGAGUGUGUUGGGUGGCAAGGUCGCAGUACAGGUUCGGAUGGCGUUCUCGGCGAAGAGUGGAGUCACGGUGAAGAUUACAGGGAGGAGUGAGGAGGAGGGACUGGCUGCAGCUGUUUUGGGUGGUAUUGCUUGA